AUGUCUGCCCACGAAAAGUUGGAUUUAAAGGAUUCGGAAAUUUGUGUAGAACUACUUUCAAAUGUUCGAUAUAUCAGCUAUCGGCUAACCAAAGCAGAUCGAGCUUUUCGAACUCUUUUUUUGAAGCGUCAUCCCAUAAAGGAAGAUCAUGUCGUCGUUUACAACUAUCCAGCAUACAUGCCAUUGUCAAUCCUGAAACCACUUUUCAAAACCAUCUCAGGAGAAGAACCUGUCAACAUUAUAAAGAAGAGAAGCUCUUUCUGUCAGAAUGGUCCAGAUGAUGUCAAUGCAAAUGGUUUCUUGUGUUUGUCGGUAGAAAUGCCUUGUGCAGAAUCAACACACAAACUAUUACUCAGAUGUCAGUUCCACGGCACUAUUGUGCUAUCAGAUAUCUCGGAAGAGAAACCUGAAGACCACUUAUCAGUCAUGAUCUCAAAUUAUCGAGCAGUCCACUGCUCAGAAAGUACUAUUUCCAAGUUUGUUAACGAAGCUAUAGCUCAAAUGGAUGAAACCAGAGCCCGACCAAGAGGAAGAAAAUCUCCCGAGUUUGAUGAAGACGGUUUCCAAAUUGUGUCCAGAGGAAAAUAUGCUAAUCCCGCUCCCAAGAAGAAAGAUAUCGAGUCCAAAAGAUCGAAAGCUAAGUAUGAUCAUAAUUUCUACGGUGAUAAUACAAAAUCCAGUACUCAAAGCGAUAUCCAAAGCAGAUUUGAAGAAGAUAAAAAACGAUUGGCAUUCCUUAAAGCUAAACGGGAAGCAUCCAAGAAGUGA